AAUUGAAUUCUCCGCUUACUUAAUUACCUAUAAUUAAUUUUUUCAAUCGAUAACUUCGGAGCGUUUCCGUAAUGUAAAUGAGUCUUCUUUUCGACUUGAUAAUCAGUGUCAGUAAUCUUUAAGAGGAACAGGUCUGGGUCACUGCAAGAUUUCACUAUAAAACGCACGUUUACCUUCAACAGUUCUCAGUUAAUAAUGGCAUUACUUUUAAUACUUUUCGCGUUGGCCUUUAGCAGCUUCAUUGCUUAUUGCAAAGUGUACGAUCGGUGUGAAUUAGCACUCGAAUUAAAAAAUGUUCAUAAAUUCCCCGACGACCAACUAGCUACUUGGGUAUGCAUCGCAAAACAUGAAUCAACCUUUAACACAUCAGCUGUUAAUCAAGGUAGUGGAGACCAUGGUUUGUUUCAAAUCAGCGAUCUAUAUUGGUGUUCACCUCCUGGUAACGGUCAUGCUUGCAAUGCACCGUGUUCAGCGUUUGAGGACGACGACAUAACCGACGACAUUGCUUGCAUCAGAAGAAUAUUUAGGGAGCAUUCAAUCCUAUCUGGAAAUGGAUUUAAUGCAUGGGUCGUUUAUUCGUUGUAUUGUAAACAUGAUGUUUCAAAAUAUGUUGAAGGAUGCUUUGAUAAUGAAAUCUAUGGUAGUCAGACGACUACCUCUACUACAGCGGAACCUGAAGACGAAGACGAUGUUUAUGAAUUUCCACCUUUGCCAACACCUCCCAAAAAGACGAAAAUACAAAAAGAACCUUUCAAAGCUGUUGUAUCUUCUACUGGACGACCGAAAACGGUAUCUGCACAAUACCAAGAAGCUUCUAAACUGUCUACAUAUUCGAAAUAUUCAUCAGUGACGACAAUCAGGCCAACAGCUAAGCCUUUUGUAACCCUUAAACCAACGAAAGAAGCAAAAGUGUUGAGAAACUACAAACAAAAACCGUUUUCUACUUUUAAAGAAGAUUUGUUUCUGAAAAAUAAUAAUAGAUUAUCGACUUUACGGCCUCCUGUAAAAUUCAGUGAUUCGACUCGAUUACGUUCCACUGCUAAGCCAUAUUCAUUUACUACUAAAUUAAAUGGUUUUCGAGGUUCAACUACACUUAAACCGUUGUCAUUUAUUUACGAAAAUAUUCAUUCGGAUCGCAAACGAGAGCAAAAUAUAGUGGGAAAAGAAACUGCCCAAUAUUCAUUUUUAUGGACAGCAAAUGGUUUCCGAAUGGUUAAAAAUUAGUUUUUUAGACACAUUAUAAUUAAUUUUUACGUAUUACUAAGAACUGCCAAAUAAUUUUAAUUGUGAAUUAGUUUUAAGUAUUAAUUUUAAGGUGCUCCAGUUUUGUUAUCAUUCCCUCAUUUACUGUAUGGUGCUAAGGAAUACAUGG